AUGCAAUUAAAGGUCUUUGGUUUGGGAAACAAGACAUACGAGCACUAUAACAAAGUGGCUAUCUAUGUGGAUAAGCGGCUGGAAGAACUGGGCGCCAAUCGAGUAUUUGAACUGGGACUGGGAGACGAUGAUGCCAACAUCGAGGAUGACUUUAUCACGUGGAAGGACCGUUUUUGGCCGGCUGUGUGCGACCAUUUUGGAAUUGAGGGCGGUGGCGAAGAAGUGCUCUUUCGUCAGUACCGUCUGCUGGAACAAUCUGAUGUUCAGCCUGAUCGUAUCUACAAAGGAGAAAUCGCCAGACUGCACUCUAUGCAAAACCAGCGUCCCCCCUUUGACGCCAAAAAUCCUUUCCUGGCACCCAUCAAGGUAAACCGAGAGCUGCACAAAGGCGGCGGACGCUCCUGCAUGCACAUAGAAUUGAGCAUCGAUGGUUCCAAAAUGCGCUACGAUGCUGGCGAUCACAUUGCUAUGUACCCUAUUAACGACAAGAGCUUGGUUGAAAGGCUCGGCCAGAUGUGCAACGCCAAUUUGGACACUGUUUUCUCAUUGAUUAAUACCGAUACUGACAGCAGCAAAAAGCACCCAUUCCCAUGUCCUACAACCUACCGUACCGCUCUGACACAUUAUUUGGAAAUAACUGCUAUACCAAGAACACACAUUCUCAAGGAGCUUGCUGAGUAUUGUACUGACGAAAAGGAGAAGGAGCUGCUGCGCAACAUGGCCUCCAUCACUCAGGAAGGAAAGGAGAAGUAUCAGAGCUGGAUCCAAGACGCAUGCCGCAACGUUGUCCACAUUCUGGAAGAUGUCAAGUCCUGUCGCCCUCCCAUAGACCACGUUUGCGAGCUGCUGCCCCGUUUACAGCCCCGAUACUAUUCCAUCUCCUCGUCUGCUAAACUGCAUCCCACUGAUGUGCAUGUUACAGCCGUGCUAGUAGAGUACGAGACUCCAACAGGACGUACCAACAAGGGAGUGGCCACUACAUAUUUGAAGAAUAAGCAACCCAAGAGCGGCGAGAAUGUUAAUGUGCCCGUAUUUAUUCGCAAGUCGCAGUUCCGUCUACCUACGAAAAAUGAGACGCCUAUCAUAAUGGUGGGCCCGGGCACGGGAUUGGCCCCUUUCCGCGGUUUCCUUCAGGAGCGUCAGUUUCUGCAUGAUGAGGGCAAGAAAGUGGGCCAGUCAAUCCUCUAUUUUGGCUGUCGUAAGCGCACGGAGGACUACAUCUACGAAACCGAGUUAAACGAGUGGGUUAAAAGUGGUAUACUUAACCUGAGAGCAGCGUUUUCACGUGACCAGGUAAAAAAGGUUUAUGUACAGCAUUUGCUUGAACAGGAUGCAGAUCUAAUAUGGACCGUAAUUGGCGAGAACAAAGGUCACUUCUACAUAUGCGGUGAUGCGAAGAACAUGGCCGUAGACGUAAGAAACAUUUUAAUGAAGAUUUUGUCCACUAAGGGAAACAUGAGCGAGGUAGAAGCCGCGCAGUAUGUCAAGAAGAUGGAGGCUCAAAAGCGCUACUCAGCCGAUGUCUGGAGCUAAUUUGAUCCAAAAGCCAAUCGAAAUUCUUAAAGUUUUCUAGUUCAUUUUGAAAUAUAAGCGUAAUUUUUGGUUUGGGAACUUCUUGCUGCAGUUCAAUAAACAAAUUACCUAGUUUAAAUGAUUCUGUUUAGAGAAACAAACUAAGACCGAAACUAAGUAACGAAAUGUGCGAAGUAACAAGUUAUCGAUUAAAGUUACUUUGUACACGUGCAGAUUAGAUUGAGUCACUUUUAAAAGCAUUUUGUAUUGUAUUCUUUUGGUGAUUGCAACAAAAAAAAUAUGCAAUUUUAAAAAUUGACACUUCGAUUGUAUUUUAUGAAUAAAUAAAAAACGUUAUAUUUUCUUAUAGUUGCAUAA